AAAAACUCAACCUGUUCACCAACACAGCAAGAUCACGCAUAUCUAAUUUAAAUAAAACAUUAAAUAAACCAUUAUUCAAGAAGAGUAUAUAUAUUUCUUAUAUACUCCUCAGCAAAGCUGUCCAUCACAAUAUGGCAUUUAGCGUAAUGCAUGCAGCUUGUUGAACUGCUGGACAGAACAAAAAAAAGCAGAAAAACUAAAAGCUGAAACCCGACAUCUCAGAGUUUUCCUCAUUUCGGGGAUUAACAAACUCAGAGUUUCAACGAAACCUCCUUCUUGAAACGGGCCCCAGAUGUGGCUAAAACGUGUGUUCGUCUGGUCAAGUGUUAUGAGUCAGCUGAGAGGACUGAAUCAAUCCAGAGAUGAUCCCCUUGUCUAGAGUCAAUUACACAUUUGUUUAUCAUUGACAGGUGUUUGAGAGGUAAGUUUGAUGCUACAUUAGGCUAUACAGGUAAAUGAAAUUAAAUAAAAAACACAAUUAAUUCAACUUCCAAACCGUAUCUCUUUGUAUCACCUAAGUCACCGAUUAAACGCAUUACAGCUUUUGGCCGUGAACGCACCUCCUCGCCGCGUUGUUACCAUAGCAACAGCCAGCUCCGUUGGUAGCUUUGCAGGUAGCUAGCUUUUCUACUCACUAUAACCAAGAGAAAAACAGCGACAUCAAACAUGAUCUUUGUGUCGUCCGGGGACUUGGAGGCCAUUGUUCACAAUCUGGAAAGCGAAUAUGACAGAGAGGAGAUACUUGACAAGAAAGACGAAGUUGGGCGGAAAGUCCUGGCAGUCGCCGCCAUGCUGGGAAGGAGUGCCAUCGUCCGGGAGCUGGUCCGACACGGAGCCCAGGUCAACGAGCAAACCGUGAGGGGUUACUCGUCUCUGCACUUCGCUGCCUGUUGGGGCCACGUGGACACAGUGAGGACUCUGCUUGAACUCGGAGCCAGCACAGAAACCUGGACCUUCCGACGGGAGAGACCCGUAGAUCUGGCCAGGAAAUACUCCAAGGCAGACUGCGUUGACUGUCUCGCCCUGGCAGGUGCUAAACAGGACCUGGUGUCAUACAUUGCAUUCAUUAAAGACAUGGUUUCUGAAUCAGCUGGACAAAUCACAACAGUGGAGAAGAACCUGUGUGUGGAGCUGUGCGCUGCCAAGUCAGACUGGAUUCAGAGUUUUAAAAACCCCACUGUGCUGCACUUCACAGCUCAAAGGAAAGAAAUUGAGGACAAAUUACAGUCCAUUCUCAACAAGUUGUCAGCUCAGUCAGCAAACCCAUCAAGCGGGUGAACAUUUCUAUACUUCUUGUGUUUCAGUAAAUACAUCUUGAAUUGUUUAGAAAUUGUUUGUGUUUUCCUUUUAGAAAAUGCAGCUCUAUGACAUUUAUCAGCGUUUUAUUAGUAUGAUCCUGUGCUUGUGAAUGAAAGAAUAAAACUCAUGAUACUGGGAACAUCUUUUUUAUUGUUAAACAAUCCUACCUGUCAUACAGUGCACCUAUCGCCCACUAAGCAACUCAACAGCUGACCGUUCAGUCACAUCAGAACAGAAAGUGUUCUUCAUAAGACGCACAAAAGCUUCCUUAACCUCGUUUCCCUCCACAUGUAGUCACACUCCCACCCUCAAAACGUAAACCUAGCCUCUUCGACGAAAGCCUCCAGAGAUCUGACAUCAUCUCCAGUCUGUGGCAGAACACGGUGUAAAACCAUCAAACCCCUGAAACUCUACACAGUUUUUAUUUCUAGAAGGUUUAACAACAAAAGAGCAAAAAGAACCAUCAGGUCACUUGUAUCUUUUACGAAGUGACAUGAGUUAUUUUACACACACUUGUAUUUUAAUUAUUCUAACUCUAUGCCAGUGUUUGAGUUCACCCCCCCCCCCAAAAAAUGGCUGUAGAAAUACUUAAAGCACUGGCAUUUGCACAACACAGUACAGAAAAACA